AUGAACGCCCCGGACUUCUCGAUUAUAGGAUGUCGUGUGAGCAUUAUAUCUAAGGCUAAAAUAAGAUAUGAGGGAAACCUGCAUUCCAUAGAUUUUGACACACCUAACGAACCAGUCAUUACACUUUCGAAAGUUUGGUCUUUCGGCACUGAAGACCGCCAGUGUGAAAGGCCGGUAGCCCCGAGGAACGAAGAGUACAAUCAAGUAGUUUUUCGGGGUCGGGACCUUGAUGAUGUACGUGUUGUGCAGUCCUCAGUGUUUUUAAAUGAGGACUCAGCGAUCGUUAGUGCUGCACCUGGUUCUGCCUUGUCUCAUCCUCCGGGUAUGCCACCACAUGAAGGCCGGGGUCGUGCAGUAGGAGAGACCACAAACUUCUCAGGUGAAUAUGACUAUGAAAGGGCUAAUGCAGAACUUGCUGCAGAGUUGGAAAAGAUAUGCAUAAGCUCAAAGGCAGGUUCAUCCAAUGCUUCUGUCGACAACACGGAGAACGAUGGUAGCAGCGCAACUGGUGAUGAAAAUGCAUGCUAUGAUAAAUCGAAGUCGUUUUUCGAUACAAUCAGCUCAGAGAUGAUGGACCGUGCAAAUGGUGUAAAUCCUCAGGGGAUGAAUAGGCGAGAUGAAAGACUCCUCAACUCAGCCACUUUUGGUGCUAUCCCACAACAAUACCCAAGACGAAUGAGUUAUAAUCAACGGUCAUUUGGUUAUGGACAGCGAAGAGGGUCCUUGAAAAUUUUAUCUUCAGUAUCAGCCAAAGGGAAGGAGUUUCCUGUGAGCGCAAAUGCAACUUUACAACGUUGUUCAUUUCUACAUCGGGCUAUAUGGGUUGGCUUUAUUUCUGUGUCUUCUCGGGUUUUAUUUGCCCUAAGUGAAAAAGCGUGGAAAUGGUAUACCAGACGUGUGAGAAUUCUUAGUUCAUUGCAACAAUCCACAGCCACACCAUCCAGUUCAACUGCUGAUAAGUCAACUGGUGAAAAAAACGAAAUUGAAAUAGUUAACAAAGAAGUGGAUAAAAUCAGCGAUACUGAAGUUAUUGAGAUCUGGAAAGAAACGACUUACACAAAACUGAAUGAAUCAGAUUGCAAAGAAACAUAUGAGAAGAUGAAGGUGGUUAUAAAUAGAAAAACUAUGGAAGAAACCAAAGCAAAUGACGACAAAUCUAUCACCGAUGCAUUCUCGAAGUCAUGGUCCGAACGUAGACAGGAGCGACGUAAACGCUAUAAGGAGAAAAAGUCCGGACAUCACCUGUCUGAUAGCAGUGAUAAUCAACCAGAUUAUUAUAUCCUCGAUACUCAUAAUAUGUGUGGACAGAAAAAUCCAAUACAGGUUACAAACUUAGAUGAUAUUGAUGAUAAAGAGAUCGCUGUUUCAAUGGAUUACAGUGACUCAUUAGAUGUUGCAUAA